CAUUAUUGUAGACUACGAUUACGAAGCGGUACUGUAUUGUGUAUUGGAGCUUUAAGCGUGUUCCCCUGUUCCCCUCACCCGUCACCCUCAGCUUGUUGUCUGUGCGUGCAGUCUAUUUUGCUGCUUGGUCGGCAUGCAGCACUGAGCUCUUUCGAUACACAAACCACAAACGACAAACUCCGGCUACAAUCUGGUCUGGUAGCAUAUCUGAAGCUACUGACAUCCUUGUCCUUUCAGUUAGUUAUCAAGAUAAGAGUUUGGAUAGUCUAGUGAGAUGAUGACUGAUCAAAUGGAGAUUGAGACAAGUGACGUUGAGUGCAGUGCCAAUGGGGAUCUAGAAACGGAACCGGCAUCCAUCAACGCUGAGCAAGAGACUUCUCUUGGAGAGUUGCCAAUGGAAAUGGCAAGGGCAGAGGAUUUUCAAGACUUGGAAGCUUUAAAAGCUCUAAAAGCUACUGAAGAAACCACAAGUCUCAAGGAUAUUGUACCGCUGCCACAGCCAUUGCCACAUACAACGUCUGCCCAGUCACCAGCACCAGCUACAGUCACUGCAAGAAACUCUUCUACUACAUGCAGUACACCCGGUACCAGUAGUACCGGUACUUCUAUGGUCAGAUCACAGCUGAACCUCAGUGCCAAUGAAGUUAGAGAAUCGGAACGGCCAUAUGUCAACACUGAGCAAGGAACAGACAUUACUAGUCUACCAAUUGCAAAGGCAAACACGCACAGUUUUCAAGAUCCGGAAGCUUCCAACAGCCCUACUGGUACCAAUACUACCGGCAUGUAUACCAGUAUCAAGGAGAUUGUUCCUUUAUCCCAGCGAUUUGCAGACCUUCAACUCAACGACCUACUAGAUGCUUCCGAGCAAGCAACCACCAUCCAGGAUAUUGUCCCAUUGCAUCAGCCAUUGCCAGAACCCACUCUUGCCUCCCCACCAGCGGCAGCUACUGUAACCCCAGGAGCUUAUAACGUGACACCUGCUGGGAGGCAUCAUCCUCCAAUGCCCCCAGUACAACUCACACAGCAUCCACCACAUCCUCCACCACAACUUACAACACCAACAACAACAACACCAGAAAGCCCCUCCAAUGCACCCCAAGCAACACUACCAACAGCUCUUGUGCAUCAUCAUCAUCACAGAAAUAUACCCACAAGAAAACGAAAAAUACUGGAAUGCUGCAUCCUGGCAAAUGGGGCCUUGGGUAUCAUUCUACUGGCCGUCAUUUUGGUCGCCGUGUUCAGCUCCAUCCAGGAUGGUGAUACCAUUAACUAUCCACCAAAACAGUCCACACCCACCAAUACGGAUCACAAUUCGAAUGCUACACCGGACCAACUUUCCUCGAACCAAACUGAUAGUGUCAGCAGCAACAGUUCGUCCAGUUUGGAAGAAGAUGACGAAAUUGACAAUCUACUUAUACUGGACAAUCUCCCACAACAAACCUUGAACAGUUUGCUAGAUCCAUUCCCCCCCCAAAGUGAGGCGUAUCAUUGGCUCGAAACUCAUCCCGACUUGGACACUUAUCCUCAAUGGAGACGACGGCAACUCAUGGCACUCGCCACCUUCUACUAUGCCUUUGACGGGACACGCUGGCCACUCGGAAUCAACCUCGACUGGCUCGAUAAAACUCGAUCCGAGUGCAACUGGUACUCCAGCUGGAUUGGAUACUGGGCUGAUGACGAACUUACCGUCUUUCAACACAACCCCGACAGCCGCAUCUGUAACGACAAGGGCGAAUACACGGUACUCUACCUGGGCGAGGCUAGCUCUUUGGGGUUCGCCAAAGACAACAUCACCUUUCCGUUCGAAUUGUCCUUCCUUUCCACGCUACAAAUCUUCAACUGGAGAGCCAAUGGACUGUCCAAGCAUAGUGAAAGCGGAGAUCAUGCUCUCUGGCCUGCCGAGUACUAUCAACGCUUGACCAACUUGGAACAUCUCAAUUUGGGCGAAAACUCCUGGAACACACACCUGCCAAGUGAAUUUGGCAUGCUCACCAAACUCACUUCUUUGAAUCUGCAAGAAUCCAAUCUGCGAGGACGGAUUGCCUCCGAGUUAGGACUCCUUUCCAAUCUACAAUUUCUCGAGCUCGACACCAACCAGUUCACUGGGUCCAUACCGAAAGAACUACAGCAAAUACCCACGUUGCGGUUUGUGGAACUGCACUACAACCCCUGGCUCACCGGAGACAUUCCCACCAACUUUUCCGAAUCCAUGCAAGGCAUGACGCUACGGGGAAAUGACUUGUUGCUAUCGCCGUCGGGAACCACCAUCCCACCACCGGUAUGCGUGUUGGAUGAUUUGCAAUCGUUGCCGAAUUGCCGUUGCGAGAUGCACAACGAGACGAGUGCCUGCCCCUGCACAUGUAUACGUGGGGAGGAUUGGAAUCAGACUACUACUACCAACCGAACCGCGGCGAGUCUCAAUAGCACGUCAGGAUGAAACUUUGGAGCAGACGGCCAGGCUUACGGGGAAGGACAAAACGGUAACAAAGCGAAUGAAGUAGGGACAAUACUACAAUCUAAGAGUUGCGUGCGCAGCUUGCCAAAUUGGAGCAGAAUAUAGGUUUGCUAGCCUUGAGGUUUGUGGUUCUGCUGGUUUUCCGACAGCCAUUACAACUUGGGGUACAAAUUGGGAUCUCCACUCUAUUGAUCAUUCGUUUUGGCCCAUGUUGACAUCCCUCGCGGGCGUAUCAAUCCACAUUGGUUCUACGUCCAGCUAUCUACUAGCAAGAAAAAUAAAUACUAAAUAGAUACGUUAAGGAGCGAGGGGGGCGAGGCUAGGCCAUGCAGUGGCUGCGGUGGUGGGUGGCUGUUGUGGUGGGCAUACGGG